ACAAAAUAAGGGAAUAAAUUCAUAAAAAUCUAGAAUCUUCUCCAAGCCUCGGGAAUCUUCAAGAUCGAUUUACUCCGGAGAAGAGAAUCCUCCACAGCCGAUUCCAUGGAGUUGACGACGACAACGAAUCCGCCGUCCCCCGCCCACUGUUCCACCAAUAUUUCUUUCGUCCCUUCGAAUUCUCUUCCAUAGAAUCCUCCCUCUCGCCGUAAUCCUCUCUUUUCGCCGCCGCAAUAAUGUCCUUCGCCUUCAAUCUCGCCGCCGGCGCCAACUCCGCCGACCGUGACAAGCCCUUCUUCUGCCACCAGUGUGAUCGCGCCGUUACCAUCACUGUUUCUACCUCCUCCGAUCCCCUCUGCCCAUUUUGCAACGAGGGGUUUCUUGAAGAGUACGAGAACUCCUAUUCCGACUCCAAUGAUGAUCUUGAUCGCGCACCAAUUCAUUUUCCCGAUCCUUUUCGUGGAUUUAAUCCACUUGUUUUCUCCUCUUCUUCGUCCGUGAUUGAUCUCCAAAACCCUGGCCUGUUUUCAAGAACUAUGAGGCCGGCUUCCCAGCCGUGGAAUAGGAAUCAAUCCGAUUCGACAAUCCAGCCGGAGCCGUUCGAUCCCUUUUUGUUUCUUCAGAAUCAUCUGCGAGGCAUCUUCGAUAGUGGCGCGGAUGUUGUGUUUGAAAUCCAGGGCCAUCCUUCCCACUCCGUCCUUUCAAUGCCGCAAAAUGUUGGCGACUACUUCGUUGGACCUGGCCUCGAGCAGCUCAUUCAAUUGCUGGCCGAGAACGAUCCGAACCGAUAUGGAACCCCCCCUGCUUCGAAAUCAGCGAUUGAGAAGCUUCCGGCCGUGACUGUUACAGAGGAUCUAUUGAAUUCGGAAAUGAAUCAGUGUGCCGUCUGCAUAGAUGAGUUUCAAAUAGGUAUUAAGGUUAAGCAGAUGCCUUGCAAGCAUGUAUUUCACGAUGAUUGUCUUUUACCUUGGCUUGAAUUGCAUAAUUCAUGCCCUGUUUGCCGGUUCGAGUUGCCUACGGAUGAUUCUGAUUACGAGAAUCGAACUCGUGGCCGACGGGUGCAGGAAAAUGAAGCUUCCGGACAACAAUCGGGGUUAGAUAACAGUGGCAGUGGGGAACGUGUUGAGAGGAGGUUUAGAGUACCGCUAUGGUGGCCGUUUGGGGGGCGGAACGAAGGGAGCGACUCCGGUGGUGGAAAUGAUAGCGAGGAAGAUGGUAGGCCGCUGCACUAAGAACGAACAUCUUCUGCUGUUACAGGUGCUGAUGUGAUUAACAGGUGAUGUUCCAACGGAAGUUAAAAGGUAAUCAAAGCUUGAAAUCCUUUGAAACCACCUCUCUUUUUUAAUAUGAAACAUGUAAUUUUAUUCAUAGAACCGAAGUGUACAAAGAGAGAAGGGUAAAUAAGACAUCAACCCUAUCAGACGUUUGGCAAGUUCACAAAAAGGGCAUUCUAAUAAGUAUUGUGAGUACAAAGAGAUAAGAGAAGGUAUACCAACGGAAAUCCAAAAAUCUGCUAAUAUCCCAUACUUCCCUUGGAAGUCUUGACUUGUCCUAAAGGCUAAAGGAAUUUUUGGGUUCUUUCUAAUAAUGAUUACCUCGUUUCUGAGCACUUGACGGAGUGUCAUACAAAAAAUCUUCAAGGUCACUGUUUGGAUUGAAUUAAGAUAUUGAGAAUUGAGCUCUUCUAUUUAGUAGAAACUAUUACAUCGCAACCCAAAAUAAUAAUAACAACGUUGGAUGGAGGUGAAACAAUACUUAACCAAGAGCUACUAGGAAGAUUAUGAAACGGAAGGUUAGACUUUCGUUGUUGGAUUGCAAUGGACAUUUUCUUAUCUAGCUUCAACUUUGAAGUCUUAGUGAAUUUUGGUUGAAGGUUUCCUAUAAUCUUAGUUCUUUUCUGUGUGUUUGUUGAUAUCACUUUAGGCUUAUUCCACUUGUUUGAAGUGUUUCUUUUGGGUUGGAACCCUAUUUUGUUUUAUUCGGUGUUUCAUUGGGCUCAUUUUUUGGCUGUUCUUUUUUUAGGCUCUUUUGUUUUCUUUCAUCUCUUCUUGAUGUAAGCUUGGCUUUUCAAUAGAAAAGAAGCACUCAUCUCUUCAAUAGUGUAAGGCUUGUCUUGCUUUUGCAAAUAAAUUUAGAUAUCCCAUUUAUGAGAUAUUGCUUUUCCACUUAAAAAAUUCAAAUUGAAGAAAUCAUUUCCUCAACAGCGUUACAAAUAGCAUGUUGCUUUAAAAUACAGGCGUCUUUUCAUAGAUUCUUCUUACAUUCUUAAACUCUUUCGAAACAUUAUCUACCAAGUUGUUCGAUAGUGAGUUAUUACAUUGUGUUAUAAUGUUAUGUACCUGUCCAAGUUUUUUCUUUUGAAGUUGCUGGUAUGUGAGCAGUAUGAUAAUUGUUCCGCAAAAUGAAAAGGAUCUGCCCUCUCUCAGUCCAUGUCUUGUACUCCCGAGUCCUGACUAUAAUCUUCUCAGGGUGUAAGCAUGUUGGUUUGGGUAAAUUUUGAUAGACCACAGGUGUAAGAGGAUGAGUGCGGAGAGGAAUGAAUUGUGAAUGUAAGUGAGGAAUGUUGUGAGUGGGGUCAUGCAGUAGUUACUAUGUGGGCUUAAUGAAUACAGGUAGGGCCGGAGGGGUUAUAUAUAUGUACAUAGCUGUAGAAUAGGGAGGUAUCUUUUUGGGAAUAGCUUGGGCUUUUUCAGGAGAGAUGGGAGCUGUCAAAUUCUUCCUUGAACUUGUAUCUCUUUGCAACCAAUAAGAAUUGGUUUCUAUUAGAUUUUUAAAUAUCAGUUACAGAAAAUAAAAAAAAAAAUUGAUGCUUAAACUAAUAUUUCUUGAAAACUGAAUCAACCUGACCGAAUAAAUCUUGAACCAAAGACCAACAACUAUCCAAGCCAAACCACAAACCAAUAAUAAUGAUAUUUCAAACUAACGCAGCUGAAUUGGUUUGACUUCUAUCGAUGUUUUGGGGUUGUCUGAUUUUUAUAUUUUUUUUAUAUUUUUUUUGGUUUCAAUUUUCACCUUAUUCUUUUAGGAUCACAACAGGGGGCCUCUAUGGCCAGUUAAUUUCUCUUGUUGUUCAUGUUUUCUUUUGAAAUUUAUGUGCAAGUAUCUUAUAUAUAUGUGUGCGUAGAAGAAAAGAGUCAUUUAGGUGUAAAGUCAGCUCACACUAGCUUACAUCUGUUUAGUAUAUAGGAAGAGAUGUAUAGAUUUUGGCGUCAGGACGAUAUGUUUUUUAGGCUAUAGGCUACUCGAAGCUCGUGUCCACGUAGAGAUCAUAUAUGUAUGAGAUGUAGGCUUAUUCUAUCCUGGAACAGUAUUUUUCUAGUAUUUUACUGAGAUGUUGAGCCGACUUUUAAAUUGAUUUUCAUUGUCACGGACUCACGGAUGUGAAAGAAGACAACCGAUAAGACAUGGAGAUAUUGAAGUAUCUUUGUAGUAUAGAUUAUGAUUUCCUUAACUUUACUUUUCUUAUCCAAUAAAAACUUUAAAAACUACUCUCCUUGACCAAUGUCUAAUAAGCAUGGACAAGAAGACAUGCAUGGCAAGACAUGUACAUGGUGACAUGACAUUUCGAUUUCUAAAAGAUUAAGUUAAUAUUUGUUAUUAAUUAUGCCUGGGAAUUUAGAAUACGUUAUGAAAGGAGAUUGGUAGUUAAUAUAUUUCUAAAUCCUAAUACUGGUCCUGUGACUGAGAAUUUGAAGUUAAUCCCAAAUUGAAUAAAUAACUUUCCAGGUAGUUUAAUAUCUUCUAAAAAAGGAA